AUCAAAAUCCAGAACAUUCCACUCAACAACAUCGCUUUCAAAGUCAACAAUCGAAGCCCACAUCAACUGGAGGCAAUCACCCAUCUGCAUCAUAUUGUUGAAGCACCCGUUAAGAUGCCCGUCGACUACAGCAAAUGGGACGCGCUGGAGCUCAGCGACGACUCGGACGUCGAGGUCCAUCCCAACGUCGAUAAGCGCUCCUUCAUUCGAGCGAAGCAGAACCAAAUCCACCAGGAGCGACUGCAGCGCAAGCACCAGAUCGAGACGCUCAAGUACGAGCGCAUCAUCAACGAUGGCCUGAUGAAGCGCAUCUCCAACCUCUUGGACGCCCUCAAGUCCCAUGCCUCCGAGGCCGAGACCCGCAACCCAGGUGAGGUCGCCUUCCAGGCCGUCAUGGAAUCCGCCGGCAAGCCCGAAGACGACCAGCCGCCUCCGCGCCCCGAGGGAAUCCACGCCGACUCGGAGCCGCUGCCUAGCUUCUCCAAGAUGAUGGCCGUGCUGCUGGACCAGGUCAACAAGGAACUGGACGAGAAGAAGCCCGAGAACCGCUACAAGGCUAUGCUCGAGGGUGUCGAGGGCCACCUGACGAAGGUGCAGAAUCUGCAAAAGGAGCUGUUUGCCAAGCUGGCCGAGCUGGAGAAGGAGGAGGGACGCAAGAUCACGAGCGAGGGCAUCCACACCGGCUUCGACAGCUCGCACGUCAACAAGUCCAAGGACACGGAGAAGAAGGAGGAGCAGCGCAAGCCGGAGCUCCUGAACCCCAAUUUUGACAUGACACAGUCCCUUCCGGCCAAGUCGACCCAAUCGUACGACGACGAUGAGGAGAUUGAGGCAUCGCCCGCCGCCAAGAAGUUUGCGCAGAUCAAGGCCGAAGAUUACACAUCCAGCGCGCAGUACCUUUCCAAGAACCCGCAGAUCCUGACGGAGCGGGAGACGGACGGCCUUCUUGUCCUCGCCUUUGACGCCGCUCUCGAGAGCAAGGACGACUUUUGCCGGCAGUGCGUACACCAGGCGCUGCUGUUGCAGUACUGCAGAGCGCUGGGCAAGGACGGCGUGGGCAUGUUCUUCAAGCGCAUCACGACCAAGGGCCACCAGGCGCAGGAGGUGUUCUUCAAGGACGUGCAGGACACUUACGGCAAGAUCAGAAACCGGGCGCGGGAGAUUGUCAGGGAGCGCGCCAGCGAGCCCGAGGGCGUGGAGCAGAUCCAGCUGCACGCGGUGGAGCCCGGCACGGAGAUCAAGAUUACGAUCCCGCCCAAGGACAGCGAGGACCCCGCCGUGAAGGAGGGUCGGGAUAUUUUUGAGACAUUCAGCGCGGAUUUCCGGAAGGCUCUGGAGAGUGGCAGUCUGGAUGAGGUCAACAAGGUGUUGGGCAAGAUGAAGGUCGAAGAGGCUGAGGAUAUCGUCGGCAAGCUUGGAGACGCCGGCAUCUUGAGUCUGGAGGAGCAGAUUAUCGACGCCACGACGGAAGAGGGCCAGAAGGCGCUCAAGGACAUGGAGGCGGCGCAGGCCGGUUCCGAGUCCGGAUUCGCGCCGGACCCUGAAUAAAUGAGGGGGAAAGGAAGCAUUCGUACGUCGACUAGAGCCGGAACAUGGGGCAGGGUCAGAGCACAUUGCGCAGACUCCGCAAGAGAAGAAGUGUUGGCUGGCGCAAAGGCAUUAUGAUGAACAAACUCAUGAACACGGGAGGAUGGUCUGUCUGGUCCAGUAGUCACUGAGUAAGCAGAUUAGAAAGAUUCAGAGACAUAAUACAUCAACAUUCUGAGCAUUG